AUGGAAAGUCGAAUCGUGCGGGCGGUCAAUGAGUACGACUUCUCCCGCUCCAGUGCUUCGAGGAAGGGGUUUAUGCAGUGGUGGUACACCAAGUAUCCCGACCAGUCGAUUGAGCAAUGGCUCCAGGCCAACGAUCAUGUUCUCGAGGCAUUUUGCCCAAGUUACGCCAUCUACAAAUCGCCGGCUGGUCGGACCGUGCGCCCUCAAGUUCCUAUCGACCUGUCCAAUUCUGAAGAUGAAGAAGAGCUGAGGGAGAUCAGUGGGGGAGAGGAGCGUUAG